AAGUGGGCUGCUGCGGGGUCCCGAGCGGAGCCGCCGGGCGGCAGGAGCUUGCCGAGCUGGAGGGUGCCGGGGAGCGGAGCACGGGCGGUCCCCGAGGCCCUGGAGAGCGGGCAUCUGCGGGGCCUGCGGCGGCCGCGACCGCGCCGGGGGAGCGGGCCGGGGAUGGGGCGCCGAGCCGGGCGGGGGCCGGGCCCUCGGCCCUGUUCGCGGGACUGCAGGACCUGGGCGUGGCUAACGGCGAGGACCUGAAGGAGACGCUGACCAACUGCACCGAGCCGCUCAAAGCCAUCGAGCAGUUCCAGACCGAGAAUGGCGUGCUCCUGCCGUCCUUGCAGUCCGCCCUUCCCUUCCUCGACCUGCACGGGACGCCCCGGCUGGAGUUCCACCAGUCGGUGUUCGAUGAGCUUCGGGACAAGUUGCUGGAUAGAGUGUCGGCCAUCGCCUUGGAGGGCAAGGCUGAGGAAAGGUACAAGAAGUUGGAAGACUUGCUGGAGAAGAGCUUUUCUCUGGUGAAGAUGCCGUCCCUGCAGCCGGUGGUGAUGUGUGUCAUGAAGCACCUGCCGAAGGUACCUGAAAAGAAGCUGAAGCUGGUGAUGGCUGACAAGGAGCUGUACCGAGCCUGUGCUGUGGAGGUCAAACGGCAGAUCUGGCAGGACAACCAGGCCCUCUUUGGGGACGAGGUCUCCCCGCUGCUGAAGCAGUACAUCCUGGAGAAGGAGGCCGCGCUCUUCAGCUCCCAGCUUUCCGUCCUGCACAACUUUUUCAGCCCCUCACCCAAGACGAGGCGCCAGGGGGAGGUGGUGCAGCAGCUGACGCGCAUGGUGGGGAAGAACGUGAAGCUGUACGACAUGGUGCUGCAGUUUCUGCGCACACUCUUCCUGCGCACACGGAACGUGCACUACUGCACGCUGCGUGCCGAGCUGCUCAUGUCGCUGCACGACCUGGACGUCAGUGACAUCUGCACUGUGGACCCUUGCCACAAGUUCACCUGGUGCCUCGACGCUUGCAUCCGGGAACGGUUCGUGGACAGCAAGCGGGCAAGGGAGCUGCAGGGCUUUCUUGAUGGAGUGAAGAAGGGGCAGGAGCAAGUGCUGGGGGACUUGUCCAUGAUCCUGUGCGACCCUUUCGCCAUCAACACGCUUUCACUGAGCACCAUCAGGCACCUGCAGGAGCUGGUGGGGCAGGAGACGCUGCCCAGGGACAGCCCUGACUUGCUGUUGCUGCUUCGGCUCCUGUCACUGGGACAGGGCGCUUGGGACAUGAUCGACAGCCAAGUCUUCAAGGAGCCCAAGAUGGAGGUGGAGCUGGUCACCAGGUUUCUGCCCACACUCAUGUCCUUCGUGGUGGAUGACCACACCUUCAACGUGGACCAGAAGCUUCCUGCCGAAGAGAAGGCCCCAGUCACCUACCCCAACACCCUCCCUGAAAGCUUUACCAAGUUCUUGCAGGAGCAGCGCAUGGCCUGCGAGGUGGGGCUCUACUAUGUGCUGCACACAGCGAAGCAGAGGAAUAGGAGUGCGCUGCUCCGUCUGCUGCCUGGCCUGGUGGAGACAUUUGGGGACCUGGCGUUUGGGGACAUCUUCCUGCACCUUCUCACGGGGAACCUGGCGCUGCUGGCUGAUGAGUUCGCAUUGGAGGACUUCUGCACCAGCCUGUUUGAUGGUUUCCUCCUGAUGGCAUCUUCAAGGAAGGAAAACGUUCACAGACACGUGCUGCGACUGCUGCUCCACCUGCACCACCGGGUGGCGCCCGCCAGGCUGGAAGCCCUGCAGCGAGCCCUGGAGCCCACUGGCCAGAGUGGGGAGGCUGUAAAGGAGCUGUAUGUGCAGCUCGGCCAGAAGCUGGAGCAGCUAGACCACCGAAAGUCCAGCCCGGCCCCAGCGGCUGAGACCCCUGCGCUGGAGCUUCCCUUGCCCCCCGUGUCUGCCCCAGCUGUACAGUGA